AUGCUGCCGCAGGACUGCCAGGCAGAGCUGGGACCGCCCAGCGCUAGCCCUUGCGGCUACGACCGGCGUAGCCGCCGGCUUCGACACUGCUGCGAGGCGGCGUCGGCCCCUUCGCCACGGACAGCCGCGCUGUCCGAGGACUGCGGCCGCGGUGGCCCCAGAAUUACCGGCAGGAACUUAUUCUUCAACAUCGCCAACGGCCGGCCGGCCGAGCGCAGCACCUGGCCGUGGGUGGCCCUGCUGGGGACGCGACAGCACACCAACGGCACCGUGGACUGGGCCUGCGGCGGAACGCUCAUCGGCCCGCGCCACGUGCUGACGGCCGCCCACUGCGUGCAUAUAGAUCUAGAGCGAAUGGUGGUUCGGCUCGGUGAGCACGACCGGACGACAAGCGAGGACGGCGAGCACCAGGACCGCGCCGUACGCCGCGCCGCGCGUCAUCCGGACCGCAACCGCAGCCGGAACGACCUGGCGCUACUGGAGCUCGACCGGCCCGUGCAGCUGGGCGCCGGCGUGCAGCCCAUCUGCCUGCCGGACCCGGCGGAGACGCUGGUCGGCCGCAUCGGCUGGGUUGUCGGAUGGGGUGUGCUCAGAUUCCAUGACAGGACGGCGGCCAACGUGCUGCAGGAGGCCAUCGCGUCCGUUGAGCCGGCCGACGAGUGCGAGGAGAUUUUCCGGCAGACACCGCAGUACAGCUUCCGCUUUCCGGGCGGCUUCGGUGGCAACGUGCUGUGCGCGACCGACCCGCACCACCGCGGGAUGGACGCGUGCCAAGGCGACUCCGGAGGGCCGCUGGCCAUACAGCGGCCCGACGGCCGCUACCAGCUAGCCGGCCUGGUGCUGGCAGGCGUCAGCUGUGGCAACAGUGACUUCCCGGGCCUGUACACGCGUGUCGCCAGCUACAUCGACUGGAUCAGGAGCGAGGUGGCCCGAUCGUAA